UGAAAGCUGUCGCCCAAUAAAACACGAGACGAUGUAGAUGCGCCAUUUUCAACUCGAAAGCUGGGCAGGGAGAGUUCGUGUUGCGUUGUAGUGCUGGCUUUUUAGGCGAACAGUUUUAUAAACAGACUUCUGGAAAGAUGGCGGCAACAGGGGACUUGAAGAACAACAUCCACAAACUUCUGUCUGAGCUGAAACACAUCAAGUACCCCGUGGAGCUGGACUAUCAGGGCAUCACCACAGGUACAACCUCAGCCUUCCUCCCCGUGCUGCACCACGCCCUGCUGGAGUUCUCGCGCCCUGUCUGCACCGAGAUCAACGACAUGGGCAUCGAGCUGUACGGAAAAACAGACCAGCGAUUCGUGGAGGGAGUCUACAAAGUGCUGAGAGAUGUGUUCCAGUACAAGCCCACCAUCACCAAGGACAAGUUCCUGAAUGCAGGCUUUGCUGAACAUAAGGUUAUCCUGGUGUAUGAUGUACUGAAGAUGGUCCAGGAGAAACACCGGCGGAUCACAGGGCCCAAGGCUAAACCUGCUCCCUCACAGACUAACACCGGCUCAGGCAUGUUCCAGCGAGGCACAGCCAUGCGCCGCUCGCUGAAACAGCAGAAGAAUCGAGAGAGAAACUUGUCCCCAGUGCAGCGACCCAGCGUGGACAGUUCCUCACUGUCUGGAAGUCCCAAGGAAACCAGCAUGCUGUACAGUGCAGGCAGUGUUGAAGUGAUUGACCUUGACAACACAGGCCUGCUUGGUCCUCCCAAGGUCGUUGCAGCCCCCCCACUGAUGCUGGAUGAACUGCCAGCCAUGACAGAACCAGUGGACAUCUUCGCAGAGAACCCCAGAGGUGACCCUCCUCUCAAGAAGGGUGGGGCAGACACUGGUUACCAUAGCAUGGAAACUUCCCCGAAAGAACAGGUAUCCUUGAAGCAGCGAGUUGAAAUCCUGGAGGGACGGAUGAAACUGAUGGAGGAGAAACUGGAUACCCUGCUGAAUGUCCCAGGGGAAAAAGUGCCCCCUAGCAGCUUUGCCCUGACUGCAGAGCAAGUGGAGUCCAUGUUGGGGCGACUGCUGCUAGUAGAGAACAGACUGCGUAUUGUUGAGGCCAAGAAUCAGACUGGCGAGAGUUCUUCAAAGGUGGUGCUGCCACAAGGUUUACCAACUGAUGGCUGCUCUAUCCUGAACAACCUCAACUCACCCAGCUCUCAGCCAGCCAAAACUCUGACCUUCGACCCCUUGGACCUCAGCACAAAGAGCCCUGUGGCCUCCCCACCCCGUAAGCUGACCAAUGAGGGGCAGCCUGGGUCCACACCAUCUGCACAUGUGGCCCCUUUCCAGUUUGAGAACAAGCAGACAGAAGAAAAGAUGGCAAAGCUGGAGAAGAUGUAGGUACUUUCUGUCAGGAAAAAUACUCAGGUUUGAGGAAACCAUGACCAUGCUGAAGAAGACACACGAGCCAGGCAACAACUCAUGAACGGAAGCAAGACUGGAGAAAUGGACCAUGC